UCGUCGAUAAUUUGUCAAGGAUGGAAAGCAGCCAGCGAGAAGGGGAGCAGCUCAAAAGUGAGAUAACAGUUAAGCCAGAUUUCACUGUCAUACGUUACAGUCGAGUAUGGGAGGAUUGUGUUAUUCUUUGCAAAGGACUUGAUAUACAGCCCAGUGACGUGGUGCUAUCUAUAACGAGCUCUGGAGACAAUGUACUUAAUGUAUUGCUGAAGAAGCCAAAGAAAAUAUAUGCUGUUGAUAUGAGCCUGGCUCAGAAUGCAUUGCUGGAGCUAAAACUGGGAGCUAUAAGAAUAUCUCUAUCUCAUGAUAAGUUCCUUCAGCUAUUGGGUGAAGCUCCAUCGACUAAAAGGUUGGUGCUCUAUGAGUCAGUCAAGCCUUCUUUACCUAAAUAUGCACAGGAAUUUUGGGACUCCAAUCUUUCUGUCAUUGAGUCUGGCAUUGCCAAUGAAGGAACACUAGAAAAAUACUUAAAAGUAUUCAAUGAGAAGCAUCUACCUAAAGUAGUGUCAUCUGAACUGCUGGAUGCAUUCUUUGAGAGUCAGUCAAUUGAAGAACAGAGAAAAGUUUUUAAUCAAUUUCCAUUAAAAGAGUUAAAGGAUUUGAUAAGUUUGUAUUUCUCAAAAGAGAAGCUUGAAAAAAGACGCUCUGAGGCUCAGUUUCAACAUGCUAAGAUAGAAUCUGAUGAGGCUGGAGAAGCAUUCGCAAAAAGAUACUUUGUUGUGGCAGAAAACAUACCGGCUCAUGACAAUUUUUACUUCAGUCUGUUCAAUAGAGGGAUGAAGGGAUAUGAUCCUGCUAAUAAACCAAACUUUGCAGCUCCAUAUCUAGCAAAGGACAACUAUGAGGAGCUUAAAGGGUUGAUAGAUCGAGUUGUUGUAUGUACCAGCACAAUUGAAGAGCAAGUGAAGCAGAUACCAUUAGGAACAGUGACUAAAGCUAAUCUGUCUGAUAUAUUUGAGUAUACUAAUGAAGAAGUAUCUUGUAGUAUUUGUGAAUCGGUUGCCAAUGUUAUGGCUCCAGGUGGACGCAUUGUUUACUGGGAGCUACAAAACACCCGACCUGCACCCUCUAGUGUGUUCCAUUAUCAUGAGAAACUCUCAAAGGAGCUUCAUGCAGAGGACAGGGUGUUCUAUUACAAGUCAUUCAAUGUUUAUGAAAAAAAAUGAAAUGAACAAUAAUAAUUUAUAAGGAUGCACAAUGUGAAAAUUAUAAUUUAAUAUUUUGAGACUGAAGAAAACGUUUUUCCUCCCUUUAGACUUGUGAA